AGGGAAAAGUCUCUAACGCCGCCGCCGCCAACGUUAGCAGCAUCGACUGGGACUGCUGCUGCUGCUGCAGUCGCACCGAGUGGUAUUACCAACGCUAUCACCAAUGGUCACACCUGCAGCAGCAGCAGCAGCAACAACAACAACAAUACACACCAAACAGGAACGGGAACGGAAAGAGGAACGGGAUCGGGAUCGGGUCUCAAUAGUAAACAGCAGCGUCAGCAGAAACGUCGACGUGAGCGUGCACAGCGUCUGCAGGCAGAGCGCGAUAAUCGUUGCAUAUCAAAUGCAUUGAUUGCAGCUGGAGCAACGGGCGGAGCUGUUGGUGCUGCUGCGAGCGCUGGCAGCGGCGGAGGCGGAGGCGGUGGUGUUGGUGUUGGCGGUGGCGGUGCUAUGACGAUUGUUGGUUUGAGCAAUCCUGCUCCCACGAUCAAUGGCACUGUGGCCACUAUGGCGCCAGCUGCUAUGCUAAGCAAUACAAGUAGUGUCUUGGGUCCAGGCAAUGGCAUACUCUAUCAUCUGAAUAGCGCUGGGAGCGUGGGCGAAGAUAGCAAUAAUUCGAAUGGCAAUUUCACCAGCAGCAGCAAUGGCAGCAAUAAUUUGCUACCGCCAACCGAUAGCAUAGCCUCGCUGCUGUUAAAUCCGCCGCAUUCGCCGGAGUGUAACUCAGGUCUCAUGGCAACGCCAAGCGAUAGCGAGGGUGAAUCCCUGGACGAGGAUUUGCUCUCCACAUCAUCCUCAUCCACUUUAUUGCUGCCGCGCGAUAAGCCUCCGCCGCGUCCGCCACCUCCAGUGCGACGCAAAUUGCCGCGUUCACCUGUGCUCGAAGAGGAAAUCAUUGAUGGCUUUGCCAUAUUGGAGUUUAAAACAUAUGAAGAUCUCGAGUUUGCAAUGAAAUUGGGACAAAAACGCAAGGAGAAGCGGCUCUCGGCGCUGGAGGAGUUAACUUGCACCUAUAGCAUAGAAGAAAUGAAAAUGCCAAAGAUUAUAGAUACGGGCCAGCCGCAUCCAAUACGCCCGAACAACAUACACAACAACAACAACAAUAAUAAUAAUAACAAUCAUAGUAUGUCCGUCAAGGAUAAUAGCAAUCAUCAUCAUCGUCACCACCACGUUGUGGUUGCCGCAACAGCAGCAUCAAUAAGCAAUAAUAACAAUAAUAAUAGCAACAACAACAAUCACACACAAAGUACUUCAAUUAAUAACAGCAAUAGCGUAGUUUAUCCCGUGCCAUUGACGAACAUGUGCACAGCACCCGAUGCUGAGAACGAAAUGUCUUGGACAGGAGAGCAAUAUCAAAAUCAGCAGCAGCAGCAGCAGCAGCAACAUCAGCAGCAACACCAGCAGCAGCAGCAGCAUCUGCUAAACAGCAACAAUGCAAUACAAAACUCACACAUUAAGCAGACUGAAGCGGGCCCAGUGGUGAUGAGGGGCAGCUUACUAGAGAAUGGUGGCAAUGACUUAAUGACUGCUAACCGCACAAUGUUGCCGUCGCAUAUGGAUGCAACAGCUGCAACUGUUGCCGGCAGCAGCAGCAGCAACAACAACAUUGCCAAAUCUCAAAACUCCUUUUGUAAUGCAACAAAUAAUCAAACCAAGAGUAUGGUUGCCGAAUAUAUUAGUUUAAAGAACACAAAAUUAACUGAGGCAACUGUUGUUGCAACAGUUAACAAUCAUUUAAGUGUAAUGCUAACAUCUGCCUCAUGUCCGAAAGUUAAAAAGUUAAACAGUUUAGAAAGCAGCGAAUCUAAAAUGCAUACGACUGCCACACUUCCAAUCUGCAAUCUGAAGCUGGAGAUUGCUGCUGAAAAUCUGGUAAAUGGUACAGCGCAGGUCGCUGAGGCCAGCAUCCUACUUCAAAAGGAUAGUGAUCUAAGUGUUCGUUUUUUGGAUAAUUCAAUUCACUGUAGCAGCAACAACAAAGAAACUAAUAUCUGUGAUAAUGCUAAUGGCGAAAAUAAGAAUUCGGACAACAUGUUAGCUUUUGUUUUUCCCCCAAAACCAACACAAACGCUCAUUUCACCGCGACAAAGUGCGACGCAACGCAAAUCCUCAGACUAUGCACACCAGAUGGCACGAACGGAAUGCGCGCCAAGUGAUAAUGAUGAUUCCGUUUCAAGGACAUCACCAGUGGCGCUUAAGAGUCCUUUAAGCGACGCAAUUGUUGCCGUUGCCGCCAUGGCAACCGAUGGCAACGAGAAGCUAAGCGAUGCCACAAGCCCGAUGCUGGAAAAGUGCGACGUUGCUUCACCCAAAGCUGCCACAGACACUUCCUUGCAUAAUCUCAUGCUCAGUCAUGGGAGAGCGGACGGCGCCGCGGGACAGGCCUUUAACUGCGAUAGCCAUAUGACAGCAUUAUCCUCACUCAGUCUGACUUCAUCUACCAAUGCUCAGGGCGUAAUUUUAAGCACAAAGAUGGCAACAAGUACAGCAGGAGCGGGAGCUGGAACAGGCGCACCACCCGGACACGAGCUGGAUGCAAUAGCCAUGCGGUCAACGGUUUCAUUAAUGCCUAAUCAAUUAACGCCAGCGACGAUGGCAUCGCCUAUGGGAAUGAGCAGCGGCUUUGUCAGCGAGCGAGCGGCGCAGCAGCACGCGUUACUUAAAGCGAAUGAAAGCGCACAGCUGCAGCUACAGCAUCAACAUCAGCAGCAGCAACACCAACAACAACAACAACAGCAGCAGCAGCAACUGAUAGAUGUGACGGGAACAGCAGUGGAAGCAAGCACGAAAAGCACGGGGACGACUACAACGCAUGUGCCCAACGGAUUCAUUGCCGGCUAUGCGCCCGUUAAUUGUGCCACAAGCAUGUCUGGUGGCAUGCUGACGCGCAUAUCGCCGCAUGGCGUAAAUGCCAGCAAGCUGCAUGCGGCGACCAUCACAAGUGCCAAUGCGGCGACAGUUAUGAGCUCGAUGAGCUCAAUGGGCCCAAUGGGCGUAAUGGGUGGCAAGCCAACGUUCAGCACGGCAGCGAACAGCAUCGGCGGCUCGUCUUUGGUUUUUCAUGGUGCUGCACCGGGGCCGCCGCUGGGACCACAUAUGGGCGUGGGCAUGGGCAUGGGUCUGCCAAUGCUAAUACAAGCAGCGCCCUAUCGCACGCCUUAUGCCAACUAUCCGCUCUAUGCUCCCUAUGGCAGCUUGGCACAUGGUCAGUACCUGUCGUCGGUGUUGCCCGUGGCAGCGCCAACAAUCUCAGCGCAAUCUCCGCAACGCAGCAGCAGCAGCGGUCGUGAUAUGUCCUCAGCAGCGCCAACAACAACGCUCAAAGCGCCACCAACGGGCAAUCCAACAUCACAGCAGCAACAGCAGCAGCAGCAAUCUGUAAGCAGCUCGCCUGGACUGCGACCCAUGACGCCGCUGAGCUAUAUGAUGCGCAAUAAUAACAACGGCAAUGUUGCCGUUGUGUCUUCGUCAACAGCAACUGUAUUACCUCAAAUGAAUGCAGCAGGCCAUGCGCUAAGCACUUCGCUCGCCACGCAUCAUCCACAUGGAGCGCAGCAUGCGCAAAUGCCAUUGUAUACCGCGGGCAGCUUUGGUGUCUCCAGCGCCUCCAUUAUGGCGCCGAUGCAGACGAGCACAACGGUUAGUGCUGCCGGUGGGCAGCAAUUGUUACUGUCGGCGCCUAUGCAAAUCCUACCUGGCGGUGCUUUGCCCGUGCAGCAGAUGAUACAAGUCUCCUCCGCAUCCUCAGGCUCGCAUCCACAAUUUGUUUCGUCGACCGCUCCGACGAAUUUACGUGGCGUCGGUCCAGCAGCCAUUAACAGCAGCAAUGCCCCCAAUGCAGUGCUUGCCGUCAAGAGUUUAACAACAGCCAUGCCCACGUCAUCGAUAACGUCUGCGAUAGCGUCAUCAUCAUCAUCCUCGUCUUCGUCGUCAUCAUCUUCGUCUGUGAUCCAAAAAGUGCUCUCGCCCAAGAUCGAGGGCAACAGCAGAGAACGGGAAACCAAUUACAACAGCCUUGCAAACAUGCGUCCUGGCAAUCCUGCUGCAGCAUCAAUGGGCGGCAUGCCGCAGGGCAUGACGCUAGUGCCUCCACUUUGCAGCCUUGUGCCUUCGACACCAUAUAGCAGUGGAUCGGGCACGAUUUUGUCAACGGCAACGCAUACUGGGCUGCCAGGAGCAGCGGGCGCGAAUCAAAUACAAUCCUAUUCCCCCAAAACGGGCACCUGGCUUAACGCCUCGGGAAUGCCAACGACAGCGGUUGCGUGUAGCUCAUCGGUGCCCAUUAUGUCCAGCGGCAAUACGCGACCAACUGUAUCUCCGCUGAAUGCUGGUGUGCCUGGAGGAGCGAGAAUAGCUGGAAAUUCUAUUUCGCCGCAUCCUGGACUAGCCACGGCACACAACAUACCUGUAUCCAACUACCAGGCUACAUUUCUGCCGCCGCCGGGACCCUCGCAAUCUUCGCCAGCAUCGACUAUUUCGAUAACGUCUUCUAUUAGCAAUAAUUCUACAACGCAUUUACCGUUAACGUCCACAACAUCCGCCGGCAUUGCGACCAUGCCCACUGCCACAACAACAACAACAUCGGUCAGCAGCUUGAGCAGCAACACGCAACAAGCUUCAUCAGCAGCGGCGGCAACAGCAUCAACGGUGUCAUCCAGCGCAGCGACAAUCGCAUCGCAUCCAUUCUCAGCCGAGUCGCUCUUCCAGCCAAACAAAAAUGAUCAAGCAGAUUUGUUACGCCGCGAGCUGGACAGUCGGUUCUUGGAUCGCUCGGGCCUGGCACAGCCUCCUCCGCCGCCGCCCACUUCCACGGCUGCCUCGUAUUUGCGGCAAGAGUUACAUCACCAUCAGCAUCAGCAUACGCAUCUCCAUCAGCAUCCACAGAUGCUGUCGGCGACACCAAUGUCAGUUGCCACAACCGCUAUACCGCCGCCCACACCGCCAACUCCAGCGCAAAUCUUCCCGCCACUCUACAAAGACAUCCCCAAACUGUCAGCCGUCGAUUCGCAAAUCUAUCGCGCAGGCAUGGGCCUGCCGCCCGGCUAUUCGGGCUACAAUCCGGCCAGUUUGCUGCACGCUGGCCUGGGCGGACCCACACCCUUUAUGCCGCCCAACCACUUGACAUCAUUUGCGCCAAAGAAAACUGGACGCUGGAAUGCUAUGCAUGUUCGCAUUGCCUGGGAGAUUUAUUACCAUCAAAAUAAGCAGAGCUCAGAGAAAUCUGGUGCAGCUGCAGCGGCCGGAGCUGCAGCUGCCGCUGCUGCUGCUAGCGGAAGUGGUGGCAAUAAUAGUAUGAAUUGCAACAACAUAUGCGUAACCUCCAGUGCACCAGGCAGUACGAUGAACAUGAACAUUGGUCCGGGUUGCAGCGGUUCUGUGGGCACAAGCAAUCUUUGUCCCUCUGCCGCCGGAGCGAGUGGGCCGCCGACAUCGGUCAGUGCUUCGGCAGCGUCAAUUGGCAUGAAGGCGACACCAGCAUUGGCACUCAGUUCAACAUCGCCUCAUUUAAUGCAUAGGCCAGGAGAGAUGACAUCAACGCCAGGCUACACGAGAUCUCCCUUCGAAGCGUCGCCACUUGCUGCCAGUUUUAUUGGUGCACCUCCCAGUCAUAUAGGUACGGCGGUAUCGCCCUUUGGACGCUACGUUGGCUCAUUCGGAUUUCCCGGUCUGUCGCCAUUCGGACGAGAUAUUUCAUUGGGCGGUCAUUUAGAUGCAUGGAGAUCCGGCUCUAUACCGCGCUCUGUAGCUUACCAUCCGGCAGCGUCCGUUGGUCCCGGUGGCUGGUCCAUCAAAGGGGACCCAGCUUUGGAAAACGCGCGUCGCGAAGCAGAGGAGCGAGAACGGGAGCGUGAGAUACGGGAACGGGAGCAGCGCGAACGCGAUCGUCAGAGACGAGAGCGCGAGGAACGAGAUCGCAAGGAGAAAGAAGAGAAAAUGAAACGUGAGCAACAGGAGCGAGAGCGCGAACGAGAGCGAGAACGGGAGCGUAAGGAACGCGAGCGUCGCGAGCUGGAACGACGAGAAAUGGAACGUGAGCGAAUGCUGCAGCAACAACGAAUCAAUGAAAGUAGCAAACAGGCAGCAGCUGUGGCUGCCUCAAUGGGCACGCCACGAGAUCGCUCGCCCCAUCGUAGCCUUAGCGAUCAUAAUGUCGAAAUACGCAUCAAAGAGGAACAUCCGCGCUCGAAAGAAGAACAAGAUGUCAUGAUGAUGCGCGCCGCGUCAGUCUCAUCGGCAGGUGUUGGGGAUCCGCGAUAUCAUCCAUCCUCGCUGGCGGCGGCUCAAGCGAAUGCUGUUGCUGCAGCACAUCAUCAUGCCAAUUUUAUGGUGACGGGUCGACACGGACCUCCACAUGGGAUACCUCCGCCCUCACCACAUAUGUCGCGCGGCAUGAUGCCCCUGGGUGUUGGUGGGCCAAUGACGCAUUUUUCUUCUGCUGGCCCCUCGUGGGGCAUUGAUCCAUAUGGCCGCGAUCCGUAUGGCCAAAUACUGAGAUACAAUCCUAUGAUGGAGGCCAUAUAUGCUGCGCAAUCCACAGCACACUUGCGUGGUAAGGAGCCCAGUCCUAUACCGCCGCCAUCAGUGGGCUCCUUAGGUCCACCUCCUACGCAUUUACGCAUGCAACCAUCCAGUGUGGGUGUGAUCGCCGCUUCCAGUGCAUCUGCGCCGCCGCCAUCAAUGCAAUCGCAAAUGGGUACUCAAAUGGGUAUGGGCAAGGUGCAGUUGCAGGCACCUCCACCCAUGGGCAUGUCAGUGCAGCAUAUGAUAACUGUUGACUCUCUUAGCCAUGCGCCGUUAACGGCCAAAAAGGAGCCCGACCACAGCAUCGGCAUUGUGGUGAACGCGCCUGGUAAUGUUGGCAGCCAUAAUAGUAUGCCUGGUAAUGUCAUUGGUAUAUCACCCUCACCGGUCACGCCAAGUCGAUGAGUACUCUCGCAAUAGCAUCAUUAUAAAUAGCAAAUAAAAAUCAGAGAAAUCACAGAAAUUUGUAAAAUUUCUAGCACCACGUACCAUUACCAUUUACCAUUUUACCCCGCAAUGUCAAUAAAUGUUGUAACAGAACUAUUUUAUCUCCUACCUCUACCCAGCACAUAAUUAGCCUGAAACGUAAAGAAAAGCAAAUACCACACACUCAUACACAUAGACACAGAAAAGAAAAUCAGAGAUAAUAAGCGAAUAAGCUGUUGUAAUAUAUAAAAUAUAUAUUUAUAUUUAUUAAUUUAUUUUUAAUACGGCAAGGUUAAUAAUGUCGCAUAUAAGAAAUUUUAGAUUUUUAUCAUAUAUAUAUACUAUAAAACCAAAAUUAUUAGAAUGAUGGAAAUACCCACUUUCCAUUUUCUCCGAAUUUUUUCUGCGAGCCAUAAUCUUUCGGGUAAUAAUUGCUUCCCACUAACGUCUACCCACGCAAACAAAACAACAAAAUAUUAAUUACAAAAAAACAAAAAAAAAAAAAA